GUAAGGUUAAUAUUUGGACGGAUGGUGAUGAGGUAGGAUCUUAUUUUCCGUGUGAACAACUUCACGUAAUUAUUUUUAUAAAAGAAAGUGCUGAAUUCGAGCUUGGUCUAAGGACAGUGAAAUCCCACAGAAAUUGAAAAAUGGAUUUCAAAUUUUUUAUUCCACAUCCUCUCGGCCAGAUUGGCCCGUUUUGCACAGCUGCCGGCCUCUUUUCCAAUGUUUUUGACUUGACAGAUCUUCCAACGAGCCAAGAGAAACUAAAGGCUGAGGAGCUAAAGAAUGGCGUCGUGAUUGAAUUGCACUCCUACUUCUCUCAGGUUAAGGAAACGAGGAGAAACUUUGCCAGAGCACUCAGUCUGUUUUUCGACGUUAAACUGGAUUGGACAAACCAACGCGUGGUGAGCCGGCUUUUCAGCAAAGCAAUGAAUCCGCUGUUAGCUAAAAGAGCAGAUCUCGCCAGGUGUUAUGUUGCUCCUACUAGUCGUCGGGCCUCUCACUCCAGAAAGAUGGUUAAGCAAGAAAACGGUCCGCACGAACAAAUUUCUCAAUUCGAUGCUGCUGUCUUUGUUAUACCUCCGGACGGAUUUGAAGAUCCUAAUCCUAAUCUCCAAGUCAUCAAAACCAGCGACAAAAAAGUCAAAAAGGAUUUGGAUGAAGGUAAAUUACCCGCCUCCAAGGUGUGUAAGCCCACUCAAGGACAACAAUUGCUUCAACUUCAAACCCGUUUUGAUGCCUUCCGCCGUGCCCAGCGCAAACACAAUGCUGCAUUCCUUCGCCAUAUUCACCUAAUCCAGCGUCAACUCCAAGAUGUCAAAUGGAAAACCUCAAAGCACAUUCUUCAAAACCGACGUCGUUCCAUGCCGUCGUCCAUGCCUCACCCUUCUGUCUAAUUUUGAAAACACCAAACACUUUUGACUGCCCUCGAUUCCCCGAGUCUUCACCUCCCCUUUUGUUCUCUACGCUUCAAACCCAGAGAGAGAUCUAUUGCUCGUCCAGUUACGCGCAUCCAAGUGAAGCGGAGACCGAAGAAAUUCGGAAAUUUCCUUGACGGGAGCCUAAAUUCCGCGUUCGUUUAUUUUCCAAAUUGAUAUUCUGUUUGUUUCUUUUUCUGGUCUUUUUUUUAUGGGGCGUUUUCUUUAUAUCAUUUUUUGUGUGUGUGUAAUGUUGUGGGGAAUUUGUAUAGUUUUUCUUUCUAUUGUUUAUUUUCUGGGAUGUGUUUGGGGGUUUUGGGUACCAUUCCAAGAUGGUUUUUCUCUUUUGUUUGGGGGUUUUACACGGUUUCGCACACAGAUGUUCGCAAUACAUCGACGAGUUUAAAAUUAAA